AUGUCGUUACUAAACCCUCUUUUGCAAUCUUCUGUUCAAGACGAUCCUAGCUUUUGGCUUAGUAGUGUUGUUCUCUCAUCUUAGGCUAGUUAUAAUAGUUCUUAUAUUGAACAAAAUGUAUUUAAAACAUGCUUCAAACCUGAAGAAAUGCUUAACUAAAUUGAAGAAAAGUCAAUACUAUUUGGUUAUGCUAAAAACAAGGAUGCCAUUUUAGUUUUGGGUUCAACUGGAAGUGGAAAGUCUACAACUAUCAAUUUCUUAAUGAAGAAAAAGAUGGUUUUAAAAUUAACAUCAAUUACUCAUUAUAUUGAAGAUGUUGGAGAAAUAGAAGUGGAAGAAGAACAAAUAUGCACAGAAAAUAAUGAUGGCGAUGAUGAAGAAUUUAAAAUUGGCUUUAAAAAAGAAUCUUAGACACUAAUUUUAAAAGCGAAAUAGCUAGAAGAUAGCGAUUUCUUUAUUUGUGAUACUCCAGGAUUCAAAGAUAGUAGAGGCUUUGAAGUAGAAUUAUCAAAUUCAAUUUGUCUUAUUAAUUUUAUAAAGCAAUGUAAGAGUAUUUGCCCUAUUCUAACAAUUAAUUAUAAUGAUUUGAAAUCAGUGAGAGGUGCAUCCUUCAAAGAUAUACUUGUGUCAUUUUCUAAAUUUAUAGAAACUGCAUCCAUGGAUAAGAUAAGAGAAUCUCUUGAACAAAAUUCCACUCCUGAGCUUAAAGUCUUGCUCAUUUCAUUAGUUAAUGGAUUUAACAGUAAAAAAGCUUUUAUUUUAAAUCCUGUUGAGGAAGAUCCAAAAAGUUAUCUCCCAUCAAGUAAAUUUAAUAUUAACUUAUCUGAAGACAGUCUUACUAAAUUAAAACUCUAUUCAGAAGAUGUUCUUUCGUAUGUAACAAAAUGUACUCAAUAAGGUUUCCAUAUUGAGAAACUGAUAGAUGUUUUAGACCAAUAUGCAAUGAUUAAAAAUAUCACUAUGGUAUAAAAUAUGAUUGAGAAGUAUGAUCAAUGCAUUUAAAGGGUGCUAAAUUAUGCUGCAUCUACAAAAAGGAUAGCUUUCAAAAACUUAAACUAAUCUAAAAACCUACAAUAAGAAAUAAAUUAAAGAUAUAUCAAUUAAAUAGUAAUAUGCCUCGAAUAGACGUUGAAGAUAGAUAGUUAUAAAAAUCCUCACUUCUAGAAAUAUGAGUUUACCUAUAAUUCAAUUAUUGAUGAAAUAAAAAUAGUUAUAUAAUAGCUUUGCUAUGAAAUCACAGCAUGCUUUUAAAAUUAAAUUGAAAAUAUUAAUAUUUAAUUAAUAAAAUCAAAUAUAAUUAAAAUUGAAUAGCUAUCAAAUAUAUCUUAAGAAUUGCAUAGAUUCAGUUAUGAAAUAAAACAUUAUACAAACUAGUAAUUCUCAAAUUAUGAGAAAGAACAAAGUUAAUUUUUAGAAUAAUCUCUAACAAAAGAAAGUGAAAUACCUGUUUUUGAAGAAAAAUUAGCAAAAAUAGUUUAAACAUUUAAGUAAUUCAAUGAAAUAGAUACAUAAUUAGAUAUCAUCUUACUUGAUAGCAGUAAAUAAUAAUUAUUAAACAAAACCAUGUAAAAAUUAAAUAAAUAUAAUUAAUUUUUGAGUGAUGUAUCUUGGAUUGAUGAGAAAUUGAAGACAAAAUGCGUUUAGCAAACAAAAGAUAGCAUGAAAAAAUGGGUUAACAAGUAUUUCAAUUACUGCAUAUAAGGCUGCGAUUAAUCAGUAUAUGACUAAAACUUUAAAUAUUUAGACUCUUUUAUGGUUUGCUUCUCUAAGUUAAAAGAAAUAAAAGGUAUGAUAGAUAACUUUAAAUAAAUAGUUGAUAAAUGUAUUAAUAACAUAUAUAAUUAGAUCGUUUCCUAUAUAUAUCCAAUACAAUCUAUGAUUAAACAAAUUAUAACUUCUAAAGAGUUACCAGAAUUAAGCUAGCUUUAAGAUAUUGAAAAGUAUUUAAUUUAUAAAAGCAAAAUAUUAAAAAUGAUAAAUCCAUACAUUUCUGUAAAGCAGAUGGACUCUAUCAAUAAAGAAGAAGAUGAGAUGUUUGAAAACUUAAUUAAUGGAAAGUUAUCAAGAGAAAAUGAAAUUAUAAUUGAAAAUGACUUUGAAGAUUUUUUUAGAGAGACUUUUAAAAAGUUUUAGAAUUUAUUUAAAGAAUUAUCAUACUUUAAAUUAUAGAAAAUGGUUUAAAAAUAAAAUUAAGAAAAAGAAAUAAUCAAAUGGAAGAAUUUCACUAAAAUAAUUAAUUAAUGCUAGAAAGAGUGUAAAUAAAUUAUGUUAAUUAUAGGAGGAGGAGACUCUUUUAAUGAUAUAGUUUAGAGUAUUUCAAAUACUUUCUAUAAAUUAUAAGACGAAUAUAAAGAUAUAAAAAGUAAUAGUGAAUAUUUAAUAGAUAUUACAUAAAAAUAUCAACUUUUGGAAGAAUUUGUUGAUGCAUUUUCUAAUUUAGAACCUUUAUCUAAUAUGAGAAACUAGCUUAUUACUACCUAAAAUCCUAGAUAAUUAAUAAAAAUUACUGUAGAAAAUUUACAAAAGGAAAUUAAACACAAUCGCUUUACAGAAGUUAAAAUAUUUAUAGAAUAAUUAAAUAAACUUUCAGAUGAAUAUUCUAAGGAUAAACUCUCUAAAUGUAGGGAAUAAUUAGAAUAAUAUCAAUAAGAAAUAAUUAAUGAAAUUAACAUUUUAGUUGAACAGAAAACACACAAUGAUGAUCCAAUUAAAGAAACUUAUAAAGAAGUAUUUAUCAUAAAUUUCUAUCGCUUAGUAGAAUAUGCUAAGACAGAAUUGUUUGAGAUAUCAGAAGAAUUAUAAAAUAAUAAAGAUUAAAUUUAACUAAAGGUGAUUAAUUUAAGAUUAAAUAAGCUUGAAUAUAUUUCUUAGAAAAUAGAAUAGUAUAUAUAAAAAUUACUAUCAUCAGAAGAAUAUGUAAAAUAAAAAAAUUAACUUGAAGUUCAAAUAAAAUAUUUGAUUUAAGAAAUUGAAGAAAAUAUAAGUAAGUUGGAAUAAAUUCAAAAAGAGAGUAAUAACUAUCGCCCAUUAAGCUCAUUUAAAUCAAGUGAAAAUUUCGAAGAAACUAUCUAAAGGCUAAAUUUAUUAAAAGAGUAAGAUAUUUAGUAAUAUAAGAAAGAAGUGGAAGUUAUUGAAACUAAAGUAAUGUAUUAGUUAGUUGAUUUAAUUAAUUCUUUCCUGAAUUUGAAUCAAGAAAUAAGAAAAUCAUAAGUAAAGUAGAUUAUUUAUUAUUUAAAAUUCAAAUUGUACUUCAGUAAUAAAGCUAAAUAAGAAAUUGAUAAUGCGUUGUAAGAUUUAGAAAAUAAAAUUAACAAUUUUUUUAAUUAGCAAUAAAUAGAGUUUUAAAAAGUAGAAACUGUUUCUAACUUAAUUGCUUAUCACGAUUUAAUAGAAUUGAUAAAUUAAAAGUCUUAAAAUAGCAAAUCUUAUUAAUUUAUAGAAGAAAAGUAUUAACAAUAACUAAAUAUAGCAUAAUUAAAAAACAUCUAUUAGUUUACUAUUAAAAAUAAUCCUUUUAUAGAAUUUUACAAAAAACAAAGUUAUUUGUUUUAGGUUGGAGAUGAGAAAGUUGUAUUAAAUAUUUUAGAUUUGGAAUUAAUAGAAAAAGCUAUUAUUUCAAGUGUUACCUCUAUUAAAGAAUAAAUCAAAAUUAGCUUUCAUCAAAAAAAUUUCAAUUAGUUAAAGGAAAAUCUGUAGGUUUUAGACAAAAACUAAGAUACAACAUUUUAAGGGUUAGAUAUAUCAGAAUAGUUAGAAAAUAUAUAUAAUCAUCUCUAAAUUUACAUAGAACCUAUUAUCACAAAUGUGGUUUAUAAUAGCACUGAUUUAGAUAAAGAAACUAUAUUAAAUAAAAUUACUAAGUAACUCCCAAAAUUAGAAGGAAAAACAUAAGAUUUAAUAUCUUUGAUAAUUUCAUAAUAUAUUUCUUUCUUGUCUUGA